AUGGGUGCUUAUGCUGAGGAGCUAGUUAACACGAGGUCCGCCCGGUUCAUGCUUGCUGCUGUAGUAGAAGAAACUGGUCUUAUAAUGGCAAAUUUAGCAUCACCAAUACCAAUGAUGGAUCACAAUACAAAUAACGACUCUGGUUAUGCGCCGUCGAAUAUAGACGGUGACGUCAAAGAACAUACUCCCCCUGCAUCACCGACUCAAAAAGAACCAACGAAAAAUGAAGAUUGUACUAAAGAAACAACUGUACCGAAGAAACCAGAGCUCAAAGACACUGAGACAGAUGGAAAUCUGAAGGUCAGGGCGAAUGCAUUAACACCUCUCAGAGCAAUACUCUCUUAA